AUGAGCGACAAGCACUCGACUAUCACACAUCGCGCGGAAGAUGGCUUUGGGGAAGCAUUUAACAACGCUGUACCAGCGCCGCCACCGAAUAUUGGGCCACCCAAACUCCUACAGCUCCCAGAUGAGCUCCUUCUCACGAUAGCGAUGAACCUGGAUGGUAGAAGCCGAAAUAAGGACCUCCGCAAUCUCGCUCUCACUUGUCAUCGUUUCCGGGGCGUGGCGCAAGAGAUUCUCAUUUGCAACGCGAUUCUCACUCCGGACGCAGUGUGCCGAAACCUUGAACUGCUUUUCGAACACCCCGAGCAUAUCCAUAAACUCCCGAGUCACCUUGAUCUCUUAGGGAGGGGGUAUAGGUCAGACGACAUCUGGUACCCUACCAGCGACGACUUCGCCCAAGCCUAUGGGGAAGUCAUGAUCAAGACAUGUGGGCUAGGCUACGGGCUAGAUUGGAUCAAAGACUUCUCGAGAGGUGCUGAAUCACGAACAUCUGCUUGUUUAGCGAUCUUGAUUCUGCUUCGUCCCAGAUUAGAGCAUCUGUCCAUAUCAGAUCACUGUAUCAACGAGUGUAUACUCUUCUCUAAGUGCGUCGAGCAACGAAUUCCAGUCCGAUUCCGUAUAUUUGGUUAUCAGCCUACCGCUUCCAGCAAUAUCCCUCAGUGGCGAACUUUGAUAAUCAAUACCUUUGCUCCAAAGUUGCUGACUUUGGAGGUGGUCGAUACUUCCUACGGAGGCAUGUUAAACCGUCUUGGAUUCCGGAAGUUCCAGAACUUGAGACAGCUCUCAGUAUCAGCAGACCAUAUCAUCUUCCUAUCAAGGGCCCAUGCGCUAGUUCCGCUUUAUGAACCUUCGGAUCCGAUCGAUGUGCUACCCAACAGCUUACGCUCACUCCAAAUCUACGUUGAAGAUUUCACAUCUGAGUGUGGAUCUAUAUACGAAUGGCUUGAAAAGCUUCGUAAUCAGCAGAACGCGUUCCCAUUACUGCGCACGAUUCGGCUCUUCUUCAAAGUCACACUUCAGGCGUUCCAAAACUACUCGAAAUCGGAUAGCACGGAGAGGUACUGGUCUCGUUUUAGCGAUACCUCCAACCAAGCUAAACAUAAAUUAGAGUUGUUGGAGAGUUGGAGGGAUUGGGACAUUAGCUUGGAGAUGUUCUUCCUUAAGUUGGAAGGACCACCGCGCCCAGAGGGCAUAGACGCGUGGAACCAACAUUAUAAGGCGUUAAUGAGGACACCUCUGGACCCAGACGCAAACGAUUUGUGCCACUUCCUUCAAGUGCCAUAUAAUCAUGUGCUUGAGGGGGUGCGAUAG